AUGGCGUUAAGUAGAAAUUUCUUAAAUGUGAUGAUAUUAAGUUGGGGAUUUAUGCUGGUAUUUACAGCAUUUCAAACAAUGGGAAAUAUUGAAAAAACCGUGCUACAAAGUAUUAAGAAGGAAAAUCCAGAUUUCACCGGUGAGGCCUACACUAGCUUAGCGAUAAUCUAUGCUGUAUUUGCCAUUUGCAACUGGCUAGCACCAUCCUUCAUCUCUAUGACAGGGCCAAGGGUUGCAAUAGUUACCGGCGCUGGCUGCUACGUCAUUUUCAUAGCAUCUUUCCACAUUCUUCAAAACGCUGUACUCUAUGCCGCGUCGGGUAUCGUAGGUCUUGGAGCUGCUCUAAUAUGGACAGGACACGGGCAAUAUUUAACUGAGAAUAGUGACUCUGAAACAAUGCCCAGAAAUGCUGGGAUAUUUUGGGCGAUUUUUCAAACUUCGAUGUUCGCUGGCAACCUUUUCGUCUACUACGUGUUUACCGAUUCAACUAUAAACAGGUCAACAAGACAACUUGUCUUCGGUUUGCUUACUGGAUUAGCAUUACUCGGCACGCUUCUACUUGCCGCUUUAAGAAAGACAUCGCAAGGAAUAGUAUUGGGCGAAGAACUUCGAAUACCGGAGCCUGCAAGAGAAAAGCCACUGUUAGCCGCUUGGCGCGCUUUCACGGAUGCAUUUGCUCUCUUCAGGACGCCAGAAAUGCUAUUAUUAUCUUUGACAUUCGUAUACACUGGCUUAGUGUUAACGUUUUAUUCUGGAGUUUACUCGUCCAGUAUUGGAUUUACCAAAGCGAUUGAUAAUUCGCCUAAGAGUCUUGUCGGACUUUCUGGUAUUUUUAUUGGAAUCGGAGAAGUGAUUGGUGGAGCUCUUUUCGGUAUCUUCGCCUCGAAAGUAUCUCGUAUUUGUGGUGUCUGGGCAGUGGUGAUCACUGGAUUUUGCAUGCAUUUGUUCGCCUUUAUUACUAUUUUCAUAAACCUACCGAAGGAAGCACCGUUCGAGGACACCGACAGUAUAGGUUAUAUCAAUCCUUCGCCGGUUUUAGCGAUGGCCGGAAGUCUUACUUUAGGUUUCGGCGAUGCUUGCUUUAAUACUCAGGUCUAUUCAUUAUUAGGAUUACUUUUUGCACAAAGGAGUGCACCAGCUUUUGCCUUGUUCAAAUUUUGCCAAUCGGUCGCAGCUGCGAUAAGUUUUGCUUAUAGUAGUAUUUUAAAUCUCCACAUACAGCUCCUUAUCUUAACGAUAUCAAUCAUUAUUGGCACUGUGACAUUUUGUUACGUUGAAUAUGGCACAAGAAGAGAAAGAAAUAAUACAUUAUCGGAAAAUGAACAAAUAAGUAAUUAAAUUGAAAGAUAAUCCUUAAUACUG